AUGGAAACAUUAUUAACUAAAUCAAAUAAUUCUACUAAAAAGAACCAAUUAUCAACAACACAUGAACGAUUUGUUAUUCCUACUGAUAAAGAUUUACAAAAUAUUCAAGCUUACUCUCGAGUUACUAAUACAGAUGAUAGUACAAAAACUUGGAUGAAUCUUUUUAAUGCUUAUAGAAAUGCAGCCAAUUUGACUGAAUCUCUUGAAUCAUUAGAUGAUACUGCAUUGCAAAAUCAGCUUUGUCAAUUCUUUUGUGGUGUUAGAAAAUCUGGAAAAAAAGAAUAUGCACCUUCUUCAUUGCAUGUAGGCUUUGCUGCAAUUGCUAGAGG